CCACAAACUACAAGUCCCGGCAGCCCUUGCGAGGGCGGCUGUUUUUCCUUCCCCCCCCCCCGCCGCCUUCCGUCCCUCCGGUGUCUCCGGGUGUUGCAGAUCCAGAAGGCUCGCCGGACCCGUCUCGCUUCGCCAGGAAGGGGGGGGUCUGUCCAGGAGGCCCCCAAAGGAGGUUGCAGGAGCCCCCUCCCCAGCCCCCCCGCCCCGAAGGUUGCCCCAUCGCCCCUUCCUCUAGAACCGCAGAUCAAAUUAUAGGGGAGGAGUUGAAUUAAAAGACAAAUUGAAAGGCAGGAGGGCCAGACUCCCACCAGCUCACCCAGCCAUCCUGGACUCCCCCCCGGACUGUGGGGCCUGGAUGGACACCUCGGAGGCCAACAGCACCACGGAGGAGGAAGAGGAGAAAAUGGCGGCCGAGCAGCGUCCCAGGACCCGCUCCAACCCAGAGGGGGCCGAGGACCGGACCCUCAGCAUGCAGGCCAGCGUGGGGAGCCGAAGCGAAGGGGAGGGGGAGGCGGCCAGCACCACCACCACCACCACCCUGCCCCCCAGUGCUGCCGUCCAAGCCCCCAACGGCAAGACCUGGCUGGCCCCGACCCCUCCCUCCGAGUUCCAGGUCCGGACGCCGCGGGUGAACUGCCCAGAGAAAGUGAUCAUCUGCUUGGAUCUCUCGGAGGAAAUGUCCCACCCGAGACUGGAGUCGUUCAAUGGGCUGAAGACCAACGCCCUCAACAUCUGCCAGAAGAUGAUCGAGAUGUUUGUCCGCACCAAGCACAAGAUCGACAAGAGCCACGAGUUUGCGCUGGUGGUGGUGAACAACGACGUCACUUGGCUUUCCGGCUUCACCUCUGAGCCCCGGGAGGUUUGCAGCUGCUUGUACGACCUGAAGACCAUCCUCUGCAAGUCCUUCAAUCUGGAUGGCCUUUUCAACCUGAUACAGCAGAAGACGGAGCUCCCGGUGAUGGAGAACAUCCAGACCAUCCCGCCGCCUUACGUGGUCAGGACCAUCUUGGUCUACAGCCGCCCCGCUUGCCAGCCGCCCGUGGUGAUGACCGAGCAGAUGAAGAAAAUGCUCCAGUGCCCUUAUUUCUUCUUCGACGUGCUCUACAUCCACAACGGCAUUGAGGAGAAGGAGGAGGAAGUCACCUGGAAGGAGACCUUUGCCGCCUUCAGCAACCUGGACGCCAAGGGCACCAACUACAAGUACGAGGUCUCCCUGAGCGGCCCAGCUGUGGAGCUGCACAACUGCAUGGCGAAACUCCUGGCCCACCCGCUGCAGCGGCCCUUCCAGACCCACGCCUCCUACGGCAUGCUGGAAGAGGAGGAGGAGGAGGAGGAGGGGGCCCCCGAGAUGGAGGCCGUGGUCUGAGCCUCCCCGCCGGCUGGGAGGAAGCAGGGAGGCCCCCUGCCACCCUCAGCGGGCGAGGGGGCUGUGAGGAAGACCCCUGCGAGACCCCCCUCGGGGGAAUUUCCACAGGUGGCUGGGACCCCCUGCUCCCCCCCCCCAGGAGGACGAAAGAAGGCCCCCUGGAGGGGGGGCUGCUUCCCGGGGGAAUGAAAAGCCGGGGUGAGGGGGUUUGUUUCAGGGUCGGUUGGUUAAAAAAUGUGAUCUACUUUUCCUGCGAGUCAGAUCUCGAAUCUUCCACAGCUGGACUCCAGUAAAGUUUGGCAAAAUCUU